UGAGGCGCGGCAUUUAAAAACGUUAACCUUGAGACGAUUUCUUUGCAAAUAAAACAAACAAGAUGGAUUUUGUGAUGCACGUGAGAUUUGUAAUAUUUCUGCUCCUAUUUAACAGAUCCGAAUGCUUCCUGGACUGGCUAUUUGGAGCGGAAAUUCGCGAAGAAGAUAAGAAAAAAGAAGGAAGCGAAGUGGGUGCUGUUGUCAACAUUCCCUUUGAACUGACCGUUGCCGAUGAGAAAUUUUUAGCAGAAGCUCAAGAAUAUGGACUACAAACAUCAGAAUUAGAUGCCUGCUAUCAUAAGGUCAUAAUUAAAAUCAAAUCAUGUCAAAAUAUGAAUGAAGAAGAUAUUGGAAAACUUAGUGUAAGACUAUUGAAUUGUCAAUCUGCUAUUGAAGGCAGAACUAUUUUUCCCUGCACUGAUAAAAUGACAUUACAAGAAUGCACAAAAGAUAUGGAUUCAACUACUUGGAAUGCAUAUCAAAUAGUAAGUAAUAGAGCUAGAGCUGUAUGUUAUGUAGCACGUCAACAGCAAUUUUCUGCAAAAACAGAAAUGACUGUUAAUAAAUUAGUUUCAACAACUAAAUAUCAAUUAGAUGCUAUGAAAGCUAUUCAAACUCAUCAAGAAAAAGUUAGCCAUUUGACUCAACAAACUUUAAGUACAAUGGCAUUAGGUCAACAAGAUCUUUUGCAGCAACAGCAAAGAUUAAAAGUGGCUCAAAAUAACAUUCAUAACUUUGUAGCAGGAAACUUGAGAGAGAUUCUUCGAGAAAAAGCACUUAUUGCAGCUGGUCAAAAAGAGUUGGCUGAUAUGACAAAUAGCAUAAAGGAGAAAUUAGAUGAAGCAAGUAAUCAUUUACAUAAAAAUGAACAAGAAAGAUUAGAAAAUCAUCAAGAAAUUUUAUCAGAUUUAUCUGCAAUCCAGUCCAAGGCCAAGGAGGUUUGGGAAAAGAUUGAAAAUAGUACUCAAAAACUUCUUCAACAACAAAUAAAAACAUCAGAAAAUUAUAAAGAAACUUUACGUAAUCUUCAGUUAAUAAACGAAACCAUUAGUCAUAUGAUGCAUGUUGUAGAACAGGUGCGUACUGAAAUUAAUUUAAAGCUUGGAUGGCUUGGAAAAUUGUUAGAUGGAACUGGUGAACAACUUACUUUACUGAAUACCUGUAUACUCCAUCUAGCAUAUUUCUUAUUGGCUGCUAUUUCUGCUGUAUUUAUUCAUGCUCCUUAUUUAUCAAGAAUACUUCUACUGUUUUUAGUACCUUUAAAUGCAGUUUUAGAAAUUAAAAAUGGAAGAUUUUUAGAUUUUUUUUCACUUACUGCAAUUAUUGUAUUUACAACUUUUG